AUGAAGGGAGAGGAGGCGAGAAGAAAGUAUAUAUGGGCAGAUAUUUCUUCACAGAUGUGUCGGCAAAAAAAUAGAGUAGAAGCAAAUAGCAACGAUGACCAUAAUAGCAACAACGUCGACAACGACGAGGAUGACUAUGAUAAUGGCGAUGGCGGCAAUAAUAAUGACGAUGACGAUAACGAUAACGAUAACGAUAACGAUGACGAUGAUGAUGAUAAUGCUAGUGAUGAUUAUAACGAAGACGGCGGCAGCGACGACGAUGACAACGUUGAUGUCAAUAUCGAUGACAACGACGAGCAGAAAGAGGACGACGAGAAUCACGACGACGAUGGCAACGGCAACGGCGUCGACAUUGACGGAAUAAGAUAUAACAAAGACGACAAUAAUGAUGACGCCUCUCCCUCUUUAUCUAUCUGUCUUUCUUCGUCGCAAAGUAUGCAUAUGUAA